GCGGUGGAGAUGGAGGAGGAAGACUCUCCUCUCCGACUGCGGCGAUUGAACCGAGAGAGCCACCGAAGAUUCGAAACCUACAAAAUAUAGAGGGUGAUGUAAUCCAGCGUCUGAGCUCGCUGAGAACAGCCUCGACGCCGAUUCCAAUUCAGUACGGUGGCUUAAAGCUCCUUCAAUUCUCAGACCAUGGCCAAGGCUCUGUAUCUUUUGCUCACUGGUUCUACCAUUGAAAUGGCUAAGAAAGUUGGAGAAGUUAUAGAAAAAUCCUGCGUAGAGAAUGGGAUCACAAAGGUGGCCUUUGACCGUGCAAUUUACACUUACCAUGGCUUUAGCUGCUUCAGCAAAUAGAACACGGUCUCCAAUUUUAAGUCUUUUUUUGUUUUGUCCUUCUCAGAAAUUUGCUUGUAUAGAACCCAUGAUUGAAAUUUAGAUUAGUCGGCUUGGAACAGUGUUAACUUCUUCCUUUUUAAUGUGUUCAUUUGUUCUUACUACUUAUGCAUCUCAAGAAUGUUUAUAUCGUCUAUACGAUGAUAAUAUAUUUGAAAAUGGUUGAUGUUUACAAAGCUUCAGAAGGUAAGACAUCAAAUGUGCUGCUUAGUUAAGAGACAGGUACAAGUGCUUGCAAAUUUAGGACAGAAGGACAAAGACAGAGACGAAAACUUCGGCGCAGUGAAGGCAGU